UUCUUGUGCAUUCUAGGGCUUUCUCCCUGGAAUUUUCCCCGCCAAUGUCACAGACAUUCCUCUGCUGCAAAGCUUCUCCAUCACUCACUUCAACUUCAAACUUCCAAUAACCCGUUCCCUUACCUCGUCAUACACCAGUACUAGCUUCGGGCUCUUUCGUAUUUCGCAAUUUUGUUGGUGGAUGGAGGAGACGAUCAUUACCAGUGAGGCCCCGCCAAAUUCGUCCCAAUUUGCUCCGGCCUCGCGUAUAGUCUGCCGAGUAUGCCAAAAGCAAUUCUCACAAUACACUUGUCCUCGAUGCAAUACACGGUAUUGCUCCCUUCAAUGCUACAAGUCCCAUAGUCUACGCUGCACUGAAUCAUUCAAUAGAGAAAAUGUGGUGGGAGAGCUGCAACAAUUGCAAACAGAUGAUGAAACUAAACAUAAAAUGUUGGAGAUACUCAAGCGGUUCCAUUCAGAGGAAGAGGUGGAUAGCAUGGAUGAGGAUGAUUCAACUUUGUCGGAGGAGACUAUGGAAAAGAUUCUGUCUGGAGACCAAAUAGAUUUCGAUGAUUUAACCGCAGAAGAAAAGAAACGUUUUCAAAGAGCUGUUGCUUCUGGAGAGCUGAGCAAGUUGAUUGAGCCAUGGGAACCAUGGUGGUUGAAGCCUUCUGCUAGGACAAUAUCUCUAAGUCGAGAAGGGACACAACUCGUCCAACCUCUUUCCAACGAAGAAACAGUGACCUCUACACAACAUGGUCCGGAAAGUGAUCCAACGCACGACAUUCCACCUGGCCCUGAAAUGCCAUUACCCCCCAUCAACAAGCUCAGCUCAACUGAGCCAUCUCCACUAUUAGCUGUUCACCUAAUUGACAUCAUAUAUACCUACUGUUUCACUCUGAGACUCUACAAUGGGGAUUGGCAAUCGGAUCCCAUAGGAGCAUCUAUGGUCGUGUUGAGUGUAUCUUCUGUUCUGGGUCAGGGGGAACAGCCGGAGUCCGUAUCAGAAGCACUCUCUCAUUGCUUGGAACAAACUUGCUCCCCGGCUUUUAGACACAUGGGUGGUUUGCAAUUUGGAUUGGGCCUUCUAGAUGACGUAAUAGCUCUACUUUCUCUUGGGGGUGCUGCUUUAGUCUGUUUGCUUUGUGAUCUCCAGAGGCUAGUUCAAGCUGCGGAGGGGGAGCUGAAGUCCGAGAAACAGCAGAUAUCAAAGAGGGGAGAAAUCAGGAGUAAGCUCAAGCUUGGGGAGAGGAAGAUUUACUUUAUUAUGUGUUGGGUACAUGAGCAGCCUGGAGAAGCUUGGCAUUCGGUGGCAGCCCUUGUGAAUGCAGAGAAGGGUUCAGCUAUGGAAUUUGCAGGCAACAGAGGAGGUACUUUGAGAGUGCAAAAUAGAGUAGAAGCCAGGGGUAAGGCUCUGAUUGAGGAGCUUGAAUGAGUAACAAUGUCAGAAGAAUCCAUACAUUUUUAUUCUCUAUGUUUGUGUAGCAUAAAUAGCAACUUUAGGAAUUGAUGUAUCAGAGAAUAUGUUAAUGUGUUAUGCAUUGCAUUAUCAUGCUAUGCUUGCUGGUGAUCAAUGAAAUUUUGGUGCUUUAUAUAA